AUGAGCCAGACCGUGAGGCGAAGGGCUCCUCUGAAGAAACGCAAAUGCCGCGCGCCCUCCACGCGCUCUCGCUCCGUGCACUCCGCUUGGUUCUGGCCGUCGGAGGCCAAGGAACCACCAGAGAGAGCGAUAAGUAUACACAAUGUUCCCAGGAUCGGGAAGGAGGGGAAGGAGGAGGAAAGAAGGGCGAGAGCAGAGAGACAAGGGGGGGCACGCAUGAGGGCGAAGACCGACUUGGGCGAGCUGGCCCGAGGGCGCUUCACGGCGCACCCACAGCUGAAGCCGAAGCCAAAGCUGAAGUGCCCAGAAAGAUGGAAAGGGCCCACCCUGCAGGUUGUUUGA